GAUAGUUUGGACGGCCGUCAGUCUCCGGCGAGGUGGGCCGUGGAACAGAAUCGGUGUUCCCCGUCUGAUCCGUGGACCAGGACAAUCGCUGAGGACUGCGGGUACGGUGUGGGCCAUUUGGGGGAAGCUGAGGACUGCGGCACAGAGGCGAUGAGCGCCGGCGGCGAGACAACAUGGAGUUCUGAUGCAGCCUAUCAGCAGUUUCAGAUCCAGUCUGCUGGAGGAGGUCGGGGAGAGCUUGGUGCCGGCUGCUAGUUGUCGUUGUCUUUGGUGUGGGGGAUUUGUAGGCGGUACCGCGGGCUGAGGCGACGCGGCACACCAGCGGACAGCGGAUAGCGGUGGUGAGCACAAGGGAGAGCUCGCCGCCGAUGUCGGAGCUGUCAACGGGGAAGACGAAUCCCCGAGCACUGGGGUGGAACCAGAGGCUAAGGAUUGGUAUUGCCUCCCCCAGCAAAACACCGCGCCUAAACCGAGUAAGUAUGUUUGAAAAGGUAGUCAGGUGUUUUGCGGAGAACCCAACUGAAAAUGUGAUGACACUGGUUCUUGGCACUACUUUCAACUCUGUGGCUGAGGCAUACAAUUUCUACAGUUUGUGUUCAUGGGAAAAGGGGUUUGCCAUCCGGUACGGCAAGAGCCGGCUAAAUUUCGAGAGGACGAAGUGCAUGCAGGAGAUAGUUUGUGGGUGCUUGGGUAAGGCUGGGGUUGAGAACACAAGGUCUUGCCGUGGCCCAUAACGUUACAUUCUGUCUGGCUGCGGGGACAGGAACUUCACUUUUCCAUUCGACAAAAGGUUGCAAUUAUC